CAAGAAGUUAGAGUUUAUCUAGCUAAAUUAGUGGGAGUGAAGUAAAGCGUACCCUACAAGGAUGAUGAGUCGUGGUAUUUUGAUGAAUGAGGAUUUGCUGCAGCGGGCAAUAUUGGAGCAAGAACCUAAAGAUAAAGGUCAGGGCAUUGCCAAUGAAGAGGGAACCCAGCUCGAUGAAAUCCUUAAACUAUGUCUGGAAUUCAGAAACAUCCUGAGGAUUGACCACUUAUGGGAAUUCACAUCCUUGGCCAGACUCAAUCUGAAUAACAACCUCAUUGAAAACAUUGAGGGUCUGGAUCAUCUGAUUAAUCUGACAUGGCUUGAUCUGUCAUUCAACGGCAUAGAACUAAUUGAAGGUCUGGAGUCCUUGCAGAAGCUUGAACUGCUGAAUUUGUCCGACAACAAAAUCUCUGUUCUCGAAAACAUGGAAACACUUGAGAGACUCACUCAUUUCUCCAUUGCGAACAACCUCCUUGGAGAGUUGGACAUCGUGCUCUAUCUCAGGAAGUUCAAGAACCUGUUCAACAUCAACCUAUUUGGAAACCCUUGCAGUAAGGAAGACGAUUACACAUUGUUCAUCGCAGCCUUCUUUCCAGACUUGAAGUUCCUAGAUUACACUUUACUUGACGAAAAUACAAAGAAAGAAGCAUCUAUCAAACACCGCUAUGUCCUCGAGGAGAUAAAAUGUGUGGAGCUGCACAAGCAAAAAGCUGAAAAAGCUGAUCAACGCAAGGAGGCUGAAGCCAAAUUACACACUGAUGCCUUUGUGGAGUUCCUGAAUGGCUCUGACCUGUUUAAGUGCAUGUUCAACGACGACCAAGAGGCAGAUAAACUGCACCGCAUGCCUGAAAUCACUGAUCUGCUUCUAACAUUUGAGAAACAAAUGGGGGAUCUGUGCAAGCAAGUAUUUGAAACAGGCUUGGCUGAACAUAAACGAAGGGACAAAGAAGUGAACUGCUUUUUCAGUGGUCAGAAUGAGACUGUGAUUGAAUAUCAGCAGAAAGCAUUGCACAUAUUGGCAAACUUCGAGCAGCAACACAAAGAGAGGACAGUGGACAUGCGGAAGUUAUCAGACAGAGAAUUACUGAAGGUCAAGAUCAACCAGUGCAAUGAUGAAAUCAACCAACUCUGUAAAGGCCUCAUGACGCUGGAGUUUCAGAUGGUCGGCCAGCUGGAGGAUAUCACCAAAAGGUUGGACAUCAACAUCUCAGAGAUGGUUGGCUACUUCACUGAAAUGGUCCAGGGGAUAUUUGCGCAAUGUCGAGAUCUUGAGGAUGAUUAUAAUGGGAAGGUGCGAGUGACUGCUUUAGCACUUCUGGACGACGCCAGCAAGGACAACCUGGAUGAAUUCUUGCCAGAUGAUGUUAGAAUUCUGUUUACAGACAAAGAGACAGUGAUGGAUGCACUGGCAACCGGCCACGAUAACCACCUGAUGAAGAUCAAUGACCGAGAGACUCAGUUGGUUUCACGUGCCAAUUCCUGGAAAGUGGCCCUCAUUAAAGGGAUUCAAGACAAAGACCUUAAGGAGAACCGCAUGCGAAUCAAAGACCUCCACAGAUAUAUGGACCAUCUGCUGGUGCAGCUGGAGGACUUUCAGUAGCAGCAUCAUUUCAGUAGUAUCUACUUGGUUACACAAACAAACAAAAAUAUUACAAACUCUAAAGUUCUGAAUAAAAAUUAGUUAUAUGCAAUGAUUCAAACAUGUGUGGUUAAAUGCUUUCUAA